AUGGCUGGGCCGUGUCUUCUCCUGCGCGAACUGCAGGGCCCCCUGAACCCCUGUAAAGAUGAGGAAGAGGAGGACUGUGCGCAGGAGGAUGAGGAGGAUCAGGAUUCGGAGUUUGUGGACGCCGAGGAGCUCUGCAGUGGCGGCAUCAAGGCGGGCAGCCUCCCUGGGCGCCUCCGCGUUUCUAUUCCUGAUGAAAAUACUGGAGAGAAAUGUACCGUGUCUGGACGCUUCCCACUCACAGGUUCAUGGUGGCAAGUGAAGGUUCGGGUUAUAAAACCUCCGCGAUCCAAGAUCUACCAAGCUCAAGGGUUUCCAUCCUACUAUCUGCAGUCUGAUAUGUCACCUCCAGGCCAAAAACACAUCUGUUCACUUUUUCUUAAAGAAUGUGACUAUGAACGCAGAGAUGAUUUUAUAAAAUGGGUAGAGAAAGUGUCAAGCUUUAAAAAUCUAAACUUUGAAAAUCUACGGGAAACAUUAAGAAAUUUUGACAGACAAACGGGACAGAAAAACAAAAAACAAUCUACACAGAAUGAGCAGGAUGCGGUGAGAUUGCCUGUGGAGGAAUCAUUCCCGUUUGUAAGUGUAAUGACAGCUUUGCAGUUCCCAAAAGUCAUGGAGUUCCUUCCAACGCUUUUUCCUCGACACUUCAAAAAGCUUAUCAGCUCAAGUUCUGCAGAAGUGUUACAAAAGAUUGAUGACAUCUUGGGUACUGAGCCAUGGAAGCUUGGGUUCCGUAGAGUAACCUACCGGGAGAUGAAUCUCUUGAGCUGCGAGGCCAGCUGGACCGCGUUCAGUCAGUGUCCCUCCCUGCUGCAGCUCAUGACUAUGCUGCACAAGAAUGCAUUGGUCAUAUAUUCUAAGCUGAAGCAGAUAUGUAGAGAGGACGGGCACACGUGUGUUGAAGUAAAAGACUUGACUUUGGCUGUGUCAGACCACAUGCCUUUCCAGGAAGCAUGCGAUUCUCUGGAGUUCAUGAAGAACCUGGACGUGGUGACCUAUGAGAAAGACUGUGUCUUUCUUUCCGAACUGUACCAGGCCGAGCAAGGCAUUGCCUCCUCCAUCUGCGAGCUGAUGAACAGACCCCCGUGGCGUUUGCAAGUGGAUGUGAAGCACGUCCUGGCGUCAAUUUGCAACAGCAAGGCCAAAGAUUCAGAAAGCGUGGAGGCCGUGGAAGAAGGUGAACCGGAAGAGGCGGGAUUAGAGCAGAGCGAGAGUCUUUCUGCCCCUCAGGACAGUGGUGACUGUGUUAGGAAUGAUGGCGGACCUGAAAUGAACGCAGAAAUAAAUGAUGUGCCACUGGAUCAAGAUCAGGUGGCCGCCCUGGAAAUGAUUUGUGCCAACGCUGUGACCGUCCUCAGCGGGAAGGGCGGCUGCGGGAAGACCACCAUUGUUAGCCAUCUUUUCAAGCACGUGGAGCAGUUGGAAGAGAGAGAAGUGUGGCAAGCUUGCAAAGAUUUUGAGGAAGACAGGGAUGCCUCAGAAGAAUGGCUUGCCUUUCCUAAGCAGAGUCCAGCAGCGGAGGACAAGGCUGUAGAAGUUUUGCUCACGGCGCCUACUGGGAAAGCGGCUGGUUUAUUGAGGCAGAGAACUGAUCUUCCGGCUUACACGCUGUAUCAGGUCAAUUAUAGCUUCUAUUAUUGGAAGAAACUUAAGGCGGACAAGCCAUGGAAAUUCUCUACAGUUCGCGUUCUGGUUGUGGAUGAAGGAAGUUUGGUGUCUGUCGGAAUCUUCAAAUCAGUUUUGAAGUUAUUAUGUGAGCACGCCAAACUUUCUAAACUGAUAAUCCUUGGUGACAUUAGACAGUUACCCAGCAUUGAGCCUGGCAACAUGCUGCAGGAUGUUUUUGAGACUCUUAGGUCAAGAGGGUGUGCCAUUGAGUUAAAGACAAACCACAGGACAGAGUCCCAGCUGAUUGUGGACAAUGCCACCAGAAUCUCCAGGCGCCAGUUUCCCAGAUUUGAUGCAGAACUAAAUACCUCUGAUAAUCCCACGUUACCCAUCUCCAUUCAAGAUAAGACAUUUAUUUUUGUCAGACUUCCUGAAGAGGAUGGCAGUUCUCAGUCAUCGAACGGAGAACACCGAUCUAAUUUAUAUUCUGCGAUUAAAGCUUUGCUCCAAGGAAAAGACUUUGAAAACGCAAAAACAUCACAGUUCAUUGCAUUUAGAAGGCAAGACUGUGACCUCAUCAAUGACUGUUGUGCUAAGCACUACACGGACCAUCUCAUCAAAGACCACAAGAGAAGGCUCAUCUUUGCAGUUAAUGAUAAAAUCUGCUGUACCCGGAAUGCAUACCUCGCAGAUUUAAUCCCUGGCAAGGUCCAGAAAGCCAGUGGGAAAGGUUCCGAUGCUGCCCCCUCCGACGCUGUCCCCUCCGAUGCUGCCCCCUCUGGUGAUCCCCCUUCUGAUUUUGAAAUCAUGCAGGAUUUUGAAAAUGGCAUUCGACUAUGCAAUGGGGAAAUAUUUUUCAUCACGAAGGAUAUAACUGAUAUAACUUUCCAAGCAAAAAGACUUUUGACCAUCAGCAAUGAGGCUGGUCUGGAAGUGACUGUGGACUUUGACAAACUGGUGAGACACUGUCAGAUAAGACACGCCUGGGCUCGGACUGUCCACACUUUCCAGGGGUCCGAGGAGAACACAGUCGCCUAUGUACUGGGGAAGGCAGGCCGCCAGCACUGGCAACAUGUCUACACUGCAGUGACGAGGGGCCGCUCCAGAGUGUAUGUCAUCGCCCAAGAGUCUGAGCUUAGGAGCGCCAUCAGGAAGGGCAGCUUCCCCAGGAAGACGCGUCUGAAGCACUUCUUGCAGAAGCAGCUCUCUAGCGCCUGUGCAUCCGCAGCUGAUUUCCCAUCCCAGCCCUCAAGCCCUGAAGUUGGAGGGACCCCCAGCUCACAGUCUCCAGCAACACCCCUCCGGAGAACCCCAGACAAGAGAGCUACUACAAAUCACGCCAGGGGUGAAGCAUCUGCCGCCAAGGAGAAGUUCGCCUUUGAUAAAAGAUGGCUGUCAAGUUCCUUUAACGACAUGGAUACGGAUGAGGAGUCCGAACAGCCUAGGGGGUCCAAAAGAACUGGCGAUGGCUUUCCAUUUGAUGAGGAAAGCCCCAGUAAAUUAUCUGUGGUAGGAGCGAUGUGUCUUUAUGUUCAUGUUCCCUUUAAGUCUUGCCAUCUGCAGUGUGCCUGGUCAGGACUGUGUAUUUCUGUUAGGGUGUGACUGUGUCUGCACAGGACUGUGUGCUUCUGUUACAGAGUAUCACUGUGU